AUGAGUCGAAGAUUGCUAAUAAAACUGUCCGGAAUCCACAAACCAAUAUCCAAGAGCUCCUGUUGGAUUCACAUGAUGAUCCACACUGGAGAGAAACCAUUCACAUGCACUCAUUGUGGGAGGAGUUUCGACCGAUCAUCAUCCCUUAAUCUACACAUGAGGAUCCACACUGGAGAGAAACCAUUCACAUGCACUCAAUGUGGGAAGAGUUUCAACCAAUCAUCACACCUUAACAAUCACAUGAAAAUCCACACUGGAGAGAAACCAUUCACAUGUACUCAGUGUGGGAAGAUUUUCAACCAAUUAUCAUACCUUAAUCUACACAUGAGGAUUCAUACUGGAGAGAAACCAUUCACAUGCACACAAUGUGGGAGGAGUUUCAACCGAUCAUCAUCCCUUAAUCUACACAUGAGGAUCCACACUGGAGAGAAACCAUUCACAUGCACUCAGUGUGGGAAGAGUUUCAACCGAUCAUCACAUCUUAACAAUCACAUGAAAAUCCACACUGGAGAGAAACCAUUCACUUGUACUCAGUGUGGGAAGAGUUUCAGCCAAUCAACAUACCUUAAUAAACACAUGAGGAUCCACACUGGAGAGAAACCAUUCACAUGCACCCAGUGUGAGAAGAGUUUCAACCAAUCAUCGUCCCUUAAUAAACACAUGAAAAUCCACACUGGAGAGAAACCAUUCACAUGCACCCAGUGUGGGAGGAGUUUCAACCAAUCAUCACACCUUUACAGUCACAUGAAUAUCCACACUGGAGAAACCAUUCACAUGCACUCUGUGUGGGAAGAG